CCCGGCGGAGGAGUCAGCGAUGGCGGCCGCAGCGUCCAUGGAGGAUUUCUUGGAAGAAGCCACCUGCUGCAUCUGCCUGGACUAUUUCCAGGACCCCGUGCUCAUCCCGGAGUGCGGCCACAACUUCUGCCGGGGCUGCCUGACCCGCAGUUGGGGGACGUCGGAAUCGGAGGCUUCUUGUCCCCAGUGCAGACAGACCUUCGGGCCCCGCAACGUCCUGCCCAACAGGCAGCUGGUGCGGCUGGUGGAAAUAGCCAGGCGAUGCGGAGGCCCUUGGGGCGAGGACGGAGGGAGUCUCUGCCAGAAGCACCGGGAGCCCCUCAAGCUCUUUUGUAAGCACCACGAGACCCUCAUCUGCGUGGUCUGCAACCUAUCCCAAGAGCACAGGGGCCACUCGGUAAUCCCGGCGGAGGAGGCUCUCCAGGAGUACCAGAUCAAGGUUGGGGAUUGCCUGAAGGCUCAGAAGGAGGAGAAAGAAGAAAUAGCUACAUACAAAACGGACACAGAGCAAAGAGUUCAGGAGAUGCUUGUAAGUAUUGAUCCAUCGUUGAGGAUUAAAGACAAUAUUAGGGAUCUGUGCUCUCUUGACGAUCUCAUCCAGGAGAUAGAGGAGAAGCAUCAGCAGCCAGCCAGCAAACUCUUACAGGACAUUGGAAGCAUUUUGAAGAAAUACCAAGCGAAGAAAAUAUAUGAGUAUCCGGUGAAUUUACUUGUAGAUCCGAUGUGGACAAUCUGGGAUUACAGUGAUUUUGCUGUGCUUCUGAAAAAUGUCAUGAAAAAAUUUAGAGAUACUCUGGAAAGUGGACUUCAACUGCAGGAAGUGAAUGUAAUUCUGGAUCGAUGCACAGCCCAUCCUGGCCUCCUUUACAUCCGCGAAGAUGGAAAAUGCGUCAGAGGAAUUAAGCCAGCUAAAGAAAUAUAUCCUUCCCCAAACAGCACGAGAUUUGAAUGUUGUCCAUAUGUCCUUGGCUGUCAGAGGUUCUCAACAGGGAGACGUUUCUGGGAAGUUUCUGUAAGGAAUACAAAAGGAUGGCGUGUAGGGAUUACCAACAUGCCAGUGAACGUAACGAAUCUUGAUGAGCAGGCCAGACACUGGCAGGUUUAUAAAUGGGAAAAGGAAUACGUGGCCAUCUCUCCGUCAGUACGCUCUGACCUGGUCCUGACUGAGAAGCCCACAAGGAUCCGCAUCUCUCUCAACUGCGAAGGAGGACAAGUGAGCUUUUUUGAUGCUAGGACCGCAGCUCUGCUCUGUACAUUCUCAGACGCUUCCUUGAUUGGAGAGACCCUUCUGCCCUCUUUCCGUUUGUACGAAGGCAACUCCCUCUCACUCCCCUAAAAGAGGGGACCUCCAUAGGCAAACCUUUGCAAAAAUCCCAAUUUGCUAAGCUGUAGUCCCUGAAAGCCUUUAAAACAGAGGUUCCUUAGCUUUUGGCUAUCACACCUUCCUUUAGUGUUGGAUGCCACACUGAGUUGCUUGCGGUUGUGUAGCCGUGGAAAUGGAAAGAGUGGGUCAAUCAAUCUAAAAAAUGAGGGGGAGAGU